UCCGCCAUGUACGUUCACACCACGGCUCCUCAUUCAUGGAAGUUCACUGGCGCUAUAUAUCUAACUUGCAGUCGUUUCUCGUUGCACAUGUGCUGAUCGAGAAGAUCUGCCAUGGCUGCUGCGGCGUUGCUCCUGGUGGCCGCGCUUGUCGCCCUCGGCUUCGGCCAUGGCGGCGAGGCCUUCGACCCCAACCCUCUCCAGGACUUCUGCGUCGCCGACGCCACGUCCAAAGUGCGCGUGAAUGGGUUAUCGUGCAAGGACCCGGCGGCCGUGGUGUCCGACGACUUCUUCUUCGCCGGCGCAGACAAGCUGCGCGACGAGGUGAGCGAGCGCUACGGGUACUCGGCGGUGACCGUGCAGAUCCCGGGCCUUAACACGCAGGGCCAGCGGUACGCCCGCGUCGACCUCUCACCGGGGGCCAUCUUCCCGCCGCACUACCACCCCAGGGCGGCCGAGACGGCCCUGGUGCUGGAAGGCUCCGUCUACUUCGGGUUCGUCUCCUCCUACCCGAACAACAAGCUCUUUGCUAAGGUGCUCAGCAAGGGCGACGUGUUCGCCGUGCCGCAGGGGCUCGUGCACUUCCUCUACAACAACGGCACCGCCCCCGCUGCGCUCUACGCCAGCCUCAGCAGCCAGAACCCCGGGCUGGUGCUCCUCGCCGACGCGCUCUUCGCCGGGGCACUCCCAGACGAUCUCCUCGCCAAGACGCUUCUCACGGACAAGCACACCGUGGACAUCAUCCGGGCAAACUUUCGGCCGUCUUGAAUGCUUGUUCCAAUCACUAGUAAUUUAUCGCAUUUUCUCAGGCAUAGUAAUCUUGAUGUGUUUAUUUGUGAUAAACA